CGAUCAGUAGAUAGAGAGAGAGACUGGAGACAGAUCCACUAAACUUUUUAUUUUCAUCAUUUUAACCAAAACAAAAGAAGAGAAUAUGGCUUCCUCGUAUCUCAAUAAACUUCUCAUCAUCAACAUCUUCUUCUUUAUCUCUCUCUGUUCUCCUUCUUCCCUCUCUUCUUCUUUGCCAUCUUCUCAAACCAUCUCUCCCUUCCAACAGCUUUCGCCGGAGAUCGCUCCUCUCCUCCCUUCCCCCGGCGAUAAUCUACCUUCCGACGACGGCGCCGGCACAAUCCCUUCUUCCCCGAGCCCUCCUGAUCCCGACACGAACGGCGAUUCCUCCCAUCCUGACCCGUUGGCCUUUGCUCCCUUCGCUUCUCCGCCGGUUUCUUCUACUGCUCCGCCGUCUCAUUUUGCCGCCGGAGUUUUACUCAUCUCCGUUGUCGUCUCCUCCGCCUCGCUCCGGCUUCGUGGCAUUAUAUCGCUAAAGUAGUUUACUUACUUCACUUAUACAUCAAUCGAACUUUUUGGU